AAGCGAUGAUGUCUGGAAGAAGGAGAAGCGGAAAAAGGACGCCGGAACGGAGGGGGUGGUCCGUUUGGGUACGAUGGAAUUCACGACUUCCCGUGAGAUGUUUCAAACUGUCAAAGGGUGGAUGACCGAUAGUUAUCUAAAUUUCCCCGUCGUCCAUAGGAUCGUGCCGAGCUUGCUGGACUUGGUGAAGAAGGGUCAUCCCGAGCCACAUAAAAUGAUUGGUUGUGGGGUCGAUUCAUUUCGAGUCCGAAACGACACGAUGUGCAGCCACUUCCGCACCUUCUUUAUCGUUAGGAAAGAUGAUUCGACCGCAGAUUUCUGCUUCAGGACCUGUGUAAACAACAUCCUUCCAUUACCCGAGGAUUUGAAAGAUCAAGGGGGUGUUGUUGUUGCUGUUUGUGCAUGUCAUAUAGCAGGAGGCAUGGGUCGUUUGCGUGCUGAUAGAGUGGCAGAGGAACUUGAAAGGCUUACACGAGAACAAAAUGCUAGGCUAGAUGAGGAGGAGAGGAUGGGAAGGCUCAACACCGUCAUCUUGGGUUCGAAGAAAUUCUAUUACUCCACGCAAUUGUAUAGAUACUUUUACUCGUUGCUUAUGAGGUCCCCACUUAAUUAG